AUGGUGAGCAGUGUGUUGUGCCGCUGCGUGGCUUCCCCGCCGCCGGACGCCGCCGCCACCGCCUCUUCGUCCGCCUCGUCGCCGGCGUCUGUAGACCCGUGCGGCGGCGCCGUCUGCGGGGGGGACCACCAGCUGCGCCUGUGGAGCCUCUUCCAGACUCUCGACGUCAACCGCGACGGCGGCUUGUGUGUCAACGACUUAGCAGUGGGGCUUCGGCGCCUGGGACUGCACCGCACUGAGGGCGAGCUCCAGAAAAUCGUACAAGCUGGCGACAAAGACCUCGACGGGCAGCUAGACUUUGAAGAGUUUGUCCAUUAUCUCCAAGAUCACGAGAAGAAGCUGAGGCUGGUCUUCAAGAGUUUGGACAAAAAGAACGAUGGACGCAUCGAUGCCCAAGAGAUCAUGCAGUCUCUGCGGGACCUGGGAGUCAAGAUAUCUGAACAGCAGGCAGAAAAAAUUCUCAAGAGCAUGGACAAAAACGGCACGAUGACCAUCGACUGGAACGAGUGGAGAGACUACCACCUCCUGCAUCCCGUGGAGAACAUCCCGGAAAUCAUUCUCUACUGGAAGCAUUCCACGAUCUUUGAUGUGGGUGAGAAUCUGACAGUCCCCGAUGAAUUCACAGUGGAGGAGAGGCAGACGGGGAUGUGGUGGAGACACCUGGUGGCCGGCGGCGGGGCGGGGGCCGUCUCCAGAACCUGCACAGCCCCCCUGGACAGACUCAAGGUGCUCAUGCAGGUCCACGCCUCCCGCAGCAACAACAUGUGCAUCGUGGGUGGGUUCACCCAGAUGAUUCGGGAAGGAGGGGCCAGAUCACUCUGGCGGGGCAACGGCAUCAACGUCCUCAAGAUUGCCCCCGAGUCGGCCAUCAAAUUCAUGGCCUAUGAGCAGAUCAAGCGUCUCGUGGGGACUGACCAGGAGACUCUGAGGAUUCACGAGAGGCUGGUGGCAGGGUCCUUGGCAGGGGCCAUCGCCCAGAGCAGCAUCUACCCGAUGGAGGUCCUGAAGACCCGGAUGGCUCUGCGCAAGACGGGCCAGUACUCGGGCAUGCUGGACUGUGCCAGGAAGAUCCUGGCCCGCGAGGGCGUGGCCGCCUUCUACAAAGGCUACGUUCCCAACAUGCUCGGGAUCAUCCCCUAUGCUGGGAUAGACCUCGCCGUCUACGAGACACUCAAGAACGCCUGGCUGCAGCGCUACGCAGUGAACAGCGCAGACCCCGGCGUGUUUGUGCUCCUGGCCUGUGGCACCAUGUCCAGCACCUGUGGCCAGCUGGCCAGCUACCCGCUGGCCCUGGUCAGGACCCGGAUGCAGGCCCAAGCCUCGGUCGAGGGCGCUCCGGAAGUGAGCAUGAGCAGCCUCUUCAAACAGAUCCUGCGGACCGAGGGGGCCUUCGGCCUGUACCGGGGGCUGGCCCCCAACUUCAUGAAGGUGAUCCCGGCCGUGAGCAUCAGCUACGUGGUGUACGAGAAUCUGAAGAUCACCCUGGGAGUGCAGUCGCGGUGA